AUGGGGGUCUCGGCGUACGGGCGCAUGGGGUACCUCUGCGGGCUGUCCACGGUGUGCCAGCGGGGCGACUGCACGCUGUCCCCGCCGCCGGCCCCCUCCCGGCUGUCCCCCAGCCCCCUGACCGUGCAGAGCAACGGCAGCAUGACGGCCGGCACCGGGCCGGUGGCGGUGGAGGCCGGCCCCACGUCCCGCACCGCCACCGUGGGGGACCGCCUGAGCCUGGAGUGCCUCUUCCGGGCCCCCGGGGACGCCCAGGUGACCUGGUACCGGGUGUGCCCCCACCGCAACUGGAGCGUCCCCUACACCCCGGUCGAGGCCGUCCAGGACCACCGCCUGCUGCGGCUCGAGGAAGGCCGCGCCACCCUCACCUUCCUCCACCUCACGCACAACGACAGCGGCCUCUACUACUGCCGGGUGGAGGCCGGCUGGGCCACCGGGCAGUCCUGCGGCACCUUCCUGCGGGUGCGCGACCCCACGGCCGUGCCCUUCCUCAACAUCAAGGAGUCCACCAAGAACCGGAUCAUCACGGCCGAGGGCGUCCUGCUGCUGCUCUGCGCCGUGGGGCCCAGCCUCUUUCUCCUCUUCAGGAAGCGGUGGGCCAACGAGCGGCUGCUGCAGAUGAAGAAGAGCGCCUACGAGGAGGAGAACCUCUACGAGGGGCUGAACCUGGACGAGUGCUCCAUGUACGAGGACAUCUCGCGGGGGCUGCAGCCCACCUACCAGGACGUGGGCAGCCUCGACGCCCAGCUGGAGAAGCCCUGA